CCAACCCAAAACAUUCGGCUCUCACUGUAAACUUGACUGUGACAUGCACGGUGUAGCAAUGCAAAAACAAUAUAAGUAAUUACUUACUAAAUGAUUUUUUUCCCCGAAAUAUUUUACGUUUGAAAUAACAAAGGAUGCUCGUCGAUAGAUUGUCCGCAGCAAAGACGGCUCAAAGAGAUGUUCCCAAUGUAGCACAUCAAUUGAGUCCUGCGUGAAGAAGGAGAUGAUACCAGACCCUGCGUCUGCAGCCGCUUCCGAGCUAAAUAGGAGCUCAAGCCAGGAUGAGGCAAAGUCCUCAGGAGCCGUCAAUAAUUCCGAGGAUGAGUCUGGCAAUGAGAACAGACACAAGAGAGGGCCACAGCGACGUCGGAAAAGACCUCUCAAAGAAGCGGAGAACGUUGCCAGCAAAAAAACCAAAAGUCGUCGGAGCGGCGAUCGAAAGGACGUUCGCCGUCGUAAAUGUCGACACGCAGAAGCCGUCACCUUGUUUGACGUCAUUACCAUGGGGCCGAGCGCCAUGCGGGUGGUCAUCGAGGGUUGGACAGAAGCCUACGCGGCGGACAGAGACGCGUCCCUCCUGGACCUCAUCAGCUUUUUCAUUCAGUGCUGCGGCUGCAAAGGUGUAGUCACAGCUGAAAUGUGUGACACCAAAGGUGACAGUGAUGCCAUGGACAAGUUGGUGGACGAGUUGGUAGAAGACUUGGAUGAGGUUGCCAGUCUGCAGUACAAGAAGUUUCUUGCGUUUCCAUGGAUUCUCACAGUCACUUGGCCCACUGAUGCAGACAGUCUGGACUACCCUCUGAUCCAGCCCGGACCGUACGGCCGAUGGUUCCACACGGAGCUUUGCGACUUUGUGUCGGUUCUGGUGCGCCAGUGUCAACACAGCCUCCUCUUUGACAACUUCUUGGUCAACACGCUCAUUUCGCUGCUGUCAGAGCUGUCCGACUCCCACGUGCGGGCUUUCCGACACACCUGCACACUCGCAGCGGUCAAACUGCUCAGCUCCCUGGUGGACGUGGCUCUUAAUUUGAGCACAAGUGUUGAAGAAAGUCAAAAGCUGCAACAGGUGCAGAGGCCAAGUCGACAGAAGGCGCAGGGGGAGCGAGCGCAACAGAAAAUGAAGGAGCUGCUGGAAAAAAGGGCCGAGAUAGAGAGCAUGAUGGACGCCAUCUUCAAGGCCGUUUUUCUCAAGAGAUAUCGUGACGUGCUUCCGGAAAUCCGUUCCAUCUGCGUGGAGGAGUUGGGCCUGUGGAUUAGGCUUUACAGCUCUGUGUUCCUCAAAGAUACUUACCUCAAAUACAUGGAUUGGAUGUCAUACGACAAGAUUCCAGAUGUGCGUCUCAGGUGUAUUUUAGGCCUUCAGACCUUAUAUGGUGAUCCUCUUCUUUUGCCUCAAUUGGACCUCUUCACCAGUCGCUUCAAGGAUCGAAUGAUAUCCAUGACACUGGACAAGGACAACGAAGUGGCAUUGCAGACAAUGAAAUUGUUGCUGCUCAUCUCCAAAACGUGCGAAGAUGCACUGAGUUCCGAUGACUACGAGGCUCUUCUCCAGCUUGUUUAUUCCUCGCAGCGCCCUCUUGCAGCUGCGGCCGGGGAGCUACUCUUUCUCAGGAUUCUCAGCGCUGACGAUCCUGCCGCUAACAGUCAGGAGGGAAUUAUCCAAGGGGAGAGUCAUCAACGGAAAACUUUGAGGAGACUCAAGGCCCUGCUGGAUUUCUAUCACAACUCUAAGCUGCACAACCACGUGGUUUACCUGGUGGACAGCCUUUGGGACUGCAGUGGAGCUCUACUGAAGGACUGGCCCACAAUCACAUCUUUACUGCUUCAAGAUCUCUCGCCGGGGACAGGCUUCACCAGGGAGGAAGAAUUGGCGCUCGUAGAAAUCGUGCUCGCGUCUGUACGGCAGGCGUCAGAAGGACCAGCGUUGGCCGGGAGGAACGGUGCGAAGAAGAUGAUGAGUUCCAGAGAAAAGAAAGUUCAGGUUGACGACUGCGCAAAACUAACACAGCACUUCUUGUGGGAACUUUCAAACUUAAUGACCAAGUUUUCAGGUCGAUGGGACAUUGUUGCCUCCUUGAUGAGGAUUCCUCAGUACUUCCUGCCAGAGAGCCCCGAGGCUCUAAACACCCAGAUGGUUUCUAGACUGUUAGCGGAAAUCGGACUUGUUCUGGAGGGCCAUUCGGGCACUGAUGUCCUGGAGGCGGCAUCUCGCACAUUCCUCAGUCUGUGCGGAGAGGAGACCACCUGGGGUUCCACGGCCCGCCCCGCCAGAGAUUCCAUGGUUCAGAGCUGGGUGGACCACCUCAAAGACCUGUUGACGGACUCCUUCACGGAUGGCAUCUUAUCUGCUGAUGAAGUGCAAACUGAAGACAUUUUAGUCACACUGAAGAAACUCAGAGCUUUCCACAACUGUCACGACCUUUCUGGCUGGAAUCUGUUCGACCUGCUCUCGCCUCUCCUGCCAGUAGAGGGCAGCCAGGAGGAGUUGCCACCUCAGGUGUUGAAGGAAGUGUUACAAUGUCUGUGUUACUGUGUUUUCUGGUCCCUGAGCAAAAGUGGAGAAACUCUGACUUCCAGGGACAAGGCUGUGUCCCAAAGGCUUCAGUUGCGUGUACUGAGCGAGGCGAGUCAUCGCUGUCUCUCUCAUCCUGACCACAGUGUCAGACAGCAGGCAUUUCUAGGCGUGUGUGACAUCCUAACCGCGCACUCCUCCCAGCGACAAGCGUGGCAUCCCACCUCAUGCGGCCCCCUGCCCUACACACCCACACCCAAACUGCAGAUGGCGCUUUUGCACUUUGUAUGCAAGAAUGUCUUUGUGGGGCCAGAUUGUGACCACGACAGCAAAGCUUGCCUGAGUUCCGAGGAGGAGAAAAUGGAAAAGCUCCAUAAACGAAGAAUCAUGCUGGCCGCCUACUGCAAGCUCAUCCUACAUGGCGUACUGGAGAUGAGCACGGCGUCGGACAUCUUUACCUUCUAUGUCAAGCAUCAUAACGACUUGGGUGACAUCAUCAAGGAGACCAUACACAGAUGCAGACUUCUCGAUAAGCUGGAGAGCACUCGUGCGCUAGUGCUGUCUUUGCAGCAGCUUUUUGUGCGUCUGAAGCGCGAACAAGAGGGCGCGGGGUCAGCUCACGUCCACCUCGGGGUCCAGACUUUCGCCGGCAUCAAGGAGCUAGCCAGACGCUUCGCCCUCACCUUCGGGGACCCCGUUAAAUAUCGAGAGUGCCUCGUACUCAUCCACAGGAGCGGCAUUGAAUUUGUUUUCCGGGACUUUGCUGGCUCCUCCCUGGCGUUCCUGCCCUACUUGAUCAUCCUGGCCGAGUUCUCCGGCAAGCUGCUCAAACCAGACAAGAGGACAGUGUUAGCCUACUUGCAGAAGCACGUGCCAAACCUCAAAGAGGUGCAACGGCAGCCGCUGCUCCUCUACCGCGGCUCCCUAUUGGCCGAAGGGGACGACGACGCCUCCCACGGACGCUCCAACGCGGCCAAGAACAAACCGGAACGCUCGCCGAGCCCCACUGAUCCUCGAAUUGAAAAUCGCAGCAACAAGAUGACCCGUACGCCGGACCCUGUGGUCAGUCGACCCCCGACACAACUCAACGCUACCACGUCUGACGGUGACGAAGAUGACGAAGCUGCCGUGGAAGUUGAGCUCUGACUAAAUUUUGACGGUCACGAUUUUAACUCCGAAAGAACACUACUUUUUGUCUCCCUCUAUUUAUUUAUCUAUUGUAUUCAGGUAGUUCCCGGGUUACGACGUACUCGAUUUAUGCGAUUUCGACUUAACGACACCAGUCUCUCAUCCGCCAUUUUGUUUCCAGUCUUUUUUUUUAGUCGCACAAACAGUACCAAAUUUUACCUCAUAGAAUCGUAUUUUUUAACUUUACUUUAUUAACACGACUUGUUCUGUCCUCACUAAACUUGAAGUUCAGCUUGACAGAUGGCAAACUAAGCAAUUGUGCUUUUUGAAGCUUUUGACUUCCUUCACUUUUGACAAUUUGGAAAGCUGCAACACACAUAUGUACAGUUAUGUUCAUAAUGCCACGCAUUUUAACGAUGAAACACUUGACCCAAAACAAUUGGUGCUCAAACAAACAUCCAUCUAGUCUGAUCAAUAUGUAAAUUUAGUAGUGUUAUAUAUUUUUUGGGGGGGGGUUUAGUAAAGGGAUGCAUGAGGAGUCCUUCCGCGAGUUACAUACAAGUGCGACGUGGUUUUGGUAUGAUGCGAUAUUCAGUCAGAGGUGGGUACAGUAGCCAAAAAUUUUACUCAAGUAAGAGUAGCGUUACUUCAAAAUAUUACUCAAGUAACAGUAGUCGCCUAAAAAAUGUACUCAAGUAAGAAAGUAUUUGGUGAAAAGAAUACUCAAGUAAUGAGUAACAUUGUGAUUAACUGCUAAUAUUUUUGUUGGAUUUUUUUUAAAACAAUGGUAAGUUUUUUUUCUCUCGGCACAAACUUAUCUAUGUGAGUUGUUGUUGUGAUACUGUACAAUAAACCAUUACAUAACCACAUUAAGCCCAAAAAAUAUACACAAAAAAAAAAAAUUACGAGAGAAAAAAAAAAAAAGUAAAUAAAUGAAGCAUUAUUCACCCAAAGAGCAUGAGUGCCCUCUGCUGGAGAAAAUAUUUCCUAGUUUGAAUAGUGACGAGUUCCUUCUUAAUUACGAUUUUGAAAUCAAAAGGAUCAUAUCCGGAUUUCCGUGGUCAAUCAGUGCCAAAUAAAAACUGGAAGAGAGGUUAAACUCCGUGCUUUUGAGUCAUGUUGAGGGCAGCGCUCUAUAUCAAAUACUUGAUUUUUUACGGUGCUUUAAAGACACCACAUGAUUGAACAGGCUGGCGUGAAGAUAGAACGACAAGCUUGCGUUUGAUUGGUAUAAUAGUAGUGUGAUUAUUGUUGCGACGUCUAAUUGGUGAAAUCGCUUGAGCUACUCUUAGCAUCACUGGCUAAAAAUUACAUGAACUAUGUAGAAUAAAGAGGAAAAAUGUAACGACUCUUGUGUAGCCCAAAGUAGCAGAGUAGCGGUUUUUCUUCACAAAUCAAGUAAAAGUAAAAAGCAUUGCUUGUAAAACUACUUUUAGUACAUUUUUUGCUAAAAGUUACUCAAGCAAAUAAAACGGAGUACAUGUAAUGUGUUACUACUAGAGCUGCGAAUCUUUGGGCACCUAACGAUUCGAUUACGAUUCAGAGGCUCCGAUUCGAUUAUAAAACGAUUAUUGAUGCACCCCCACCCUCCUUUUUUUUUAUUUUUUAAAAUGUUUUGUACAUUAGUUCCAAAAUUGUUCAAAAAUACUCUCUGGCUAAACCAAACUACUAUUUCAGUAUCAAGUUAACAUAUAGCAGUAAAGAAAUACACAAAAAUAACAGUAAAUAAAAAACACCAGUCCCCAUUCUGUAUCAGCAGCUUUAAACUACAUUCAAUUAAUUUAAUGUUGUGAAUCAACCGUUAAAGUUGUUAAAAUUGCUCCCGUUAUUCCAUAAUUUCCCUUUUGUCUACUUUCGACAUGUGAAAGUUUUAAAACUAUUUUAAAGAUAGAUUCUAGUCAAUAUUUUACCGAUUUAGGAGUAUUUAAGAUAAAAAGUUAAUUAGGUUUGAUUGGAAGGUUCGCUACAACAGCCUUGCAGGGAAGUGUACUGCUUUAAGAUGGCGGCCGUUUACUAACGCCCGCAUCUCGCUUUUUGUAGAUGUGCUGCUAACGCUACUGAAUCUAUAAUGCAUCUAGUCCUAUAUAAAUGAUAUCUACCGUAACAUUAUGUGGAUGUACUUUGUAGCAGCUUUUCGGCAGCAGUCAGGUAUGUUUGUUUUUUUUAAUCUCGUGGCAUGAGUUGAGCAUUGGCAUUACCCGAGGGGCCGGUUAAUGAGAAGCAUGAUGUUUAGCUACUCUCGCUCCGUUCAUUGCCUCCCGAAGAGCGCGCGGCGCGCUGAGUGUGUUGUACUUCUGCUUUACUUGGCAUAUUUCAAUAAUCGGAAUUUGGAUGUUUGUGAAUCGUUCUCGAAUCUGCCACGGCCGAAUCGCGAAUAAUCUAUGAAUCGGAAAUUUUGUACACCUCUAGUUACUACCCACCUCUGUCUUCAAUGUCAUCAAAACGGCUCAGCUUGGCUCCAUGGUACGACACUCCUCCUCCUCAGACUCCUUGCUCACCACAGUAGAUUGGUCUCAUUUGCUUCACAAAAGUCCGCUAUCUUAAAUGCUACGAAUGCUAACGUAUUUACAAUUCUCAUCGAAAUUGCUCACACGUAACUCCACGAAAUGCAGUUGUAAACUUAAUUACAAAUGCUUACACGAACAUACUACGAGGGGCAUUCGAAAAGUAAUGCACUCAAGUACAUUACUCGUACAGGAUUUUACCAAUCUUGUUUAUAUUU